AUGGCGCCUUCAAAACCUCCGAAAGUUUUAAAACCAAUAGCAAAACCCUUGGAGAAGCCUAUAUCCAAGAAAAUGAAGAAGAAGAAAAAGAAUUACGACAGUUUCGACAUAUACAUUUACAAGUUGCUGCGUAGCGUCGCUCCAGAAAACAUAAGGAUAUCGAGGAAAUCUAUGUUGAUAAUGAAUAACGCGGUGAACGACCUGCUGGAGCGGUUCGCUGUGGAGGCGGGGAGGCUGGUGGCGCACGGCAAGAAGACGACCAUGGGGAGCCGGGAGAUACAGUCUGCUGUGAAACUGUUAUUGCCGGGGGAGCUCGCCAAACACGCCAACAUGGAAGCGCUGAAGGCUGUCACACUGUACCACAAUAGUGUGACAAAACCGCCUGCUCAAACGUAA